AGCUCACUCUCCUCCAUCAUUAUCCGCCAUGUUGCAUGCAGUUCGGAGGUGUGCGGGGCAGGCCUUGAAGGCCUCAAAACCGGCACUUAUUCAACAAACCGCAACUAAAACAGCUCUCAGGUCACUCCCAGCAACAUUCUGUGCAAGGAGACAUUAUGCUGCAGAAAAAGCACAGGCAGCUGCACAGCCAGCAGUGGGAAAAGUGGUUGCAGUCAUUGGUGCUGUUGUAGAUGUACAGUUUGAGGACAAUUUACCACCUAUGCUUAAUGCUCUUGAAGUAGUAGGUAGACAGCCAAGGCUUGUACUUGAAGUGGCACAACAUUUAGGUGAAAGUGUAUGUAGGACAAUUGCUAUGGAUGGUACAGAAGGUCUUGUCCGUGGAAAUAGCGUUACUGACACAGGUUCUCCUAUUAAAAUACCAGUGGGACCAGAAACCCUAGGAAGAAUUAUAAAUGUUAUUGGUGAACCAAUUGAUGAAAGGGGUCCAAUACCGACAGACAGGAGGUCUGGCAUCCAUCAAGAAGCACCAGAGUUUGUUGAAAUGAAAGUAGAACAGGAAAUUUUAGAGACUGGCAUAAAAGUGGUGGAUUUAUUGGCUCCUUACUGCAAGGGAGGUAAAAUUGGACUUUUUGGUGGUGCUGGUGUAGGAAAAACUGUACUGAUUAUGGAACUGAUCAACAACGUUGCCAAAGCCCAUGGUGGUUACUCUGUAUUUGCUGGUGUUGGUGAGCGUACUCGUGAAGGCAAUGAUCUCUAUCAUGAAAUGAUUGAAUCUGGUGUCAUCGACCUUAAAGGAGAUGGAUCCAAAGUAUCUCUAGUAUACGGUCAAAUGAAUGAGCCCCCAGGUGCCCGUGCUCGGGUUGCAUUGACCGGACUUACAGUUGCUGAAUAUUUCCGUGAUCAAGAGGGACAGGAUGUACUACUUUUCAUUGAUAAUAUCUUCAGGUUUACUCAGGCUGGUUCAGAGGUAUCUGCUCUGUUGGGUCGUAUCCCAUCUGCUGUAGGUUAUCAACCAACUUUAGCUACAGACAUGGGUACUAUGCAGGAAAGAAUUACCACAACAAAGAAAGGAUCAAUUACUUCAGUACAGGCUAUUUAUGUACCUGCUGAUGAUUUAACAGAUCCAGCUCCUGCCACCACAUUUGCUCAUUUGGAUGCUACUACUGUACUGUCUCGUGGUAUUGCAGAGUUGGGCAUCUAUCCUGCUGUAGAUCCUCUAGAUUCCACAUCGCGUAUCAUGGAUCCAAAUAUUGUAGGAAAUAAUCAUUAUGAAAUUGCCCGUGGUGUACAAAAGAUUCUACAGGACCACAAAUCAUUACAAGAUAUCAUUGCUAUUCUUGGUAUGGAUGAGUUGUCAGAAGAAGAUAAAUUAACUGUUGCAAGAGCACGUAAAAUUGAAAAAUUCUUAUCACAGCCUUUCCAAGUCGCAGAAGUCUUCACUGGGUCACCAGGCAAACUUGUGCCCCUCUCUGAAACAAUUGAAGGAUUCACACAGAUUCUCAAAGGCGAACUUGAUCACCUUCCCGAAAUUGCCUUCUACAUGGUGGGUAAUAUCGACGAAGUGAAAGCCAAGGCAGUAAGAUUGGCUGAAGAAUUGUAAUUUUGAUGUUUAACUGAAUGUUUUUGUAGGGAAUUGUUGUAAUUAACCUGUCCACCCUUGCUUUGCCUAAAGAAAUAAUAUUUGUGUGUUUUCAGGCAAUUUCGGACUUUGGAGGAGUUUGUUUAUUGGCGUGUCAGAUUGAGAUGAGAUUUUGAAGUAUGUUUAACAUCUUUUGAAAACGUGUGUAAAAGUAGUUUUCAAAAUAAAAAUCUCAGUAAACAAUUUUA